AUGGUGCAAGUUUUUGACGAGCUAUCCAACUGCCUGUGCAAAGUGGCCGACUUGUCAGAGUUUGUUCGCAUUGGACAUCCGGAUCGAAACUACGCAAACGCCGCCGAGCAAUCGUCAGUAGCGAUCAACGCCGAAGUGGAGCGUCUAAACACCAAUCGAGCUUUGUACAAUUCACUCUUACAGAGUGUCACCAAAGGUGACGUCGUUCCUACUACCGCCACAGACGAUUACGUGAGCAAGCUGUUUCUGUUUGACUUUGAGCAAAGUGGCAUUCACCUGAAUGAAGAUAUUCGAAAGGAGGUCGUCAAUCUGAAUGAGCACAUUCUCCAUGUGGGAAGUUACUUUAUGCAGGGCACCACUCAGCCUCGAGUCAUGCUGAAGAACGAAGUGCCGGUGGAUCUCUGGAAGUACUUUCACGCGGAGGGCAACAAAGUGGUCAUCUCAGGACUGCACAAUGACGCCACUGAUGCUCACCUGCGGGAGUUUGCCUUUAAGCAGUUCUUGCGCUACGAAGACCACCAGGAGCAACUUUUGUUGGAGCUGAUAUAUUCACGCUUGAAGCUGUCUCGCAUAUGCGGCUUUCAGUCAUUUGCCCAUCGCGCCAUCAACGGCAGCAUCGCCGACACGCCCGAAGUGGUCUGGGAGCUAAUCAACAGCGUCAAUAACAUGGUCAGGUCCAAGUCGGAGAAGGACUUUGAGCAGAUGCACUCGCUGAAGCAGCGCGAGUCGGCGGAGUCGAGCACCAUGCUCAUGCAGUGGGACAUUCCCUACUACACACAGUUUCACAAGGUCCGCCAGUUCAGCGAAGACAUUAAGCACGCCAAUCCGUACUUUUCGCUGGGCAACUGCAUGGAGGGGCUGGACAUGAUUCUCAACUCGAUCUUCAACAUUCGCCUGGAGGUGUGCAAUGUCGACCAGGAGGACCUCUGGCACCCGAGUGUGAUCAAGCUGUCGGUGAAGGACAUGGCCACCAAUGAAGUGCUGGGCUUUAUUUACUGUGACUUCUUCAUUCGCUCCAAAAAGCCUUAUCACGACUGUCACUUUACCAUUCAGGGAGGAUGCGAUCUGCCCAACGGAGACUACCAGCUGCCCAUUGUGGUCAUCUUCCUCAACUUUCCCAACGCCACCUCAACCUACCCGACUCUGUUGCAGCCAUCAAUGGUGGACAAUUUGUUCCACGAAAUGGGCCAUGCGAUUCACUCGAUGCUAGCGCGGACGCCCUACCAGCACAUCACCGGCACUCGGUGCUCCACCGACCUGGCCGAAGUGCCCUCAAUCCUCAUGGAGAACUUUGCCUCCGACCCACGAGUGGUGGCCAAGUUUGCGAAGCACUACUCCACCGGCGAGCCCAUCAACGAGCGGCUGCUCAACAGUUGGAUAGAGUCGAAGAAUCUCUUCUCCGCCAGUGAACUUCAGCUGCAAAUUUUCUACUCUGCCCUCGAUCAGGUGUACCACAGUGAUAACCCGCUGAAGGGCUGCAAAAACACCACCGAGGUGCUCAACAAAAUUCAGGACCAGUACUACGGCAUACCGAACACUUCGGACACGUCCUGGCAGCUGCGCUUUGGACAUCUAGUCGGCUACGGCGCCAAGUACUACUCCUACCUGGUCUCCAAGGCGGUGGCCAACUCCAUUUGGAAGAAGCUCUUUGAGGGUGAUCCACUGUCCUCCUCGGCGGGCAGCAUCUACCGCCGAGAGGUGCUGUCUCACGGCGGGGGAAAGCCACCGAAGGAGAUCGUCGAGUCGGUGCUCGGCCACAAGGUGACGGCGCACUUUCUCGCCGAUUCACUGCUGGACAACAUUGACCAGCACUACGUCAAGAAGUAG